UGAUGAACCAGUGACACGCGUGCAUCCUAUUGUCGUAUUUCUGCCACAGGUUCCCCAUUUGUUUCGAUCGUCACUAUUUGACGGCAUUGUCUGUGAAAUUAAAUCGUGAAGCGAUUCACUUUUCGAAAUGAUUUAGUUCAAAGCGAAGUGAAACGCCGUAGUAUGGCAGAUAAAGCGAAGUCCAUAAUGAAAAAGCCAGAAACGAUUAAAAUAGAGCGCAUGGACGUCGACGAGGCGCAAUCUUAUGACAGCGAUAAUGAAACGGAACAUGGUAUGCGCGUUGGCGACGAGUAUCAAGCCGUUGUGCCAGAUAUAAUUUCGGAAAAGGACAAAUAUGAGCCUUCACACAAGGCUUUGCUGGUAUGGUCACCUAAUCCACUUCUCAGUGAUGAAAAAUUGGAUGAGUAUCUACAAAGAGCAAAAGACAAGCAUGGUUAUAAUAUGGAGCAGGCGCUUGGAAUGCUCUUCUGGCACAAGCAUAAUAUAGAUCGGUCUCUGACGGACCUUUCGAAUUUACCUUUUCCCGAUGAAUGGAGCAUGGAAGACAAAGUGUUGUUUGAGCAAGCUUUUAAUUCUCAUGGAAAGUCGUUUCGGAAACUCCAAAAAAGCCUUCAAGAUAAACCGAUCAGCAGUUUAGUGAAAUUUUAUUAUUCAUGGAAGAAAACAAGGAGCAGGACUAGUCUCAUUGAUCGUCAAGCUAAACGAGUUGCUCUUCAACGAGAACAAAGCGACAACGAAAGUGACAAAUCAGAUACAAGUGACAGCGAUUUUGAGCCCGAAAAGGAGGGAAGGUCCAAUGGAGCUGUUAAACGUAAUGCACCUGGCAAGCAGAACUCAGUCCCUCAACCAACUCCAGCUAGCCUCUGUUUUCACUGUGGCACUCAGGCCGGCCAAAUGCAUACUACAUCAAAAGGAAUAAUGUGCAGCGCUUGCUAUCAGUUCUGGAGGAAAAUUGGCGCGAUGAGAUCGAGGUCGUCCAAUCAUGCACGAAGUGACAGUCACAACGCAAGGUCUCAAGGGAAGGGAAAACGAAAACCCCCAAAGGGCAUGACGAUCACUCAAGAAGCGCUACUUGCUGUCAGCGGUCUUCAUAGUAACGCUCAUUUGCGUCCCCUUGAUAUGGAUCUUAUAAAUCUGAAACGAUCUAUUCAGAGUAACAAGCAGGGCAUAAGUCAUGAUCGAUUUGAUCUUCAGGAAGGAAUCAACGAUGUCCGUGGGUUGGAGCCCACUACCAAGAACAAUUCAAGAUGGAACAAUGACGAACUCUCUUUGGCUGUGAAAUCUGUUCGUCGUUACGGAAAAGAUUUUCAAGCAAUGGCGGACGUUCUGCAAAACAAAACCGUGAGCCAGUGUCGCAAUUUCUUCGUGAACCAUCGGAAGCGUUACGGUCUCGAACGUGAACUGGACGAGUACGAACGAGAACAGGGAAUCGUGAGGCCAGAGAAGAAAGAUGGAGAUCAAGCUCCCUCUCCUGACUCAGGUGGAUCAUCCGUUCCUUCACCAAUUAACAACGGUGGACAAGGCAACCCUCCGCCCCUGAUGAAGACCAACCCUGGCGUCUCCCCGCAUACAAUGUUUAAUAACGCUGCAGUAUUUCGUCAUGCCAUACCUAGCACGGGGCCGCCGCCUCCGUUGGUUAAACCAACACCGGUAUCAUAUCCGAUGCAGAUUCGUGUAUCGGCAUCAACCACCACUCCUCCUCCGCAGCUUGUGACCCAGGAUCACGCACCUUUCCUGCCUCCGCAUUCAGGCUCAACGCCCCCACUGCGGUCAACGCAGGUGUGACGUUUUUUUUGGAGAAGAAAACUUUUUGAUACCGUCGAUUUUUUUUCCUUUUCAACUUUUUGAUGAAAUGAUAAUAUUUAUUCAAGAUCUUUGUAGUUUGUGUAAAUGGAGAGGGGAAAUGAGUCUUAUAAAGAAUGAAAGUUGAAAGGAGAAAACUGUAUUUAAUGACUGAUGAAAUAUUGCUAAAACAAA